AUGCCCGCACCCGACACACACGAUGAAUAUUAUGAAUUAAACGAUAAUGAGGAAAGUGAACAAGUGGAUGAAGCUGGUUUACUUCCCUUAAUGCUUCAAGCUCAAGAUAUGAUAGCUAAAUUGGAAAGUAGAGUACUGGAAUUGGAAAAUGAUCUUGAGACAAUAAAUGAAGCUCACGAACAAGAACGAGACCAAUUACUUCAAGAAAUUGGUGAAAAAGAUGAAUGCAUUCAUAGUUUAAAAACAAAGGCUAGUCGUCUUGAAUUUGGAGCUCGGGAAGCAAUAAUUGUACUUGCAAGAACAUAUCAAAUUAUGUCUAAAUUAUUUAAAAAAGUUAAUAGAGGUUAUGAAAAACAUCCACCAUCACCUUCACCUACACCUAUAAACACAAAUAAUGUACGGCGUGAUUCAAAGCUCCAGUCACCUAAUGGUGAUGAUGAUUCUGAUCAUAAGGUCAAUUUAACUUCCACUCAACAAAAUAAUAUUCAUAAUGAAACAGAACAUGAUGAAAGUCACUUUAAUUUUCAUAAUGAAAUUGAACGUAAUGAUAAUGAAGCACAAAAUAGUGAAAAUAAUGAAAAUAACAAUCGACCACGAAGAGAAUCUUUUAGUAGCAGUCGAAUUUCUUUGGAUGAUAUACCAGACCUUGAUGAAUAUGGUUUAGAUGGAUCAGAAGAUAUUGCUGAUUUUGCUAUGUCCGAUGAAGAAGAUAAUGAAUUUGAAUCAGAAUUUCGUUCUCAACAAAGGAAAGCAAUUGAUAAUGAAACAGAACGAGGUGAUGAUGAAACGGAUCAUGAAGAUGAUAUUCAUCAUAAUAUUCGAGAUCAUCUUCCUUCACCUGGACCUGUUCCAGAGAUUUCUCAUGCGAAUCUUUGUCCUAAUUGUAAUACAUUGCUUUCUCAAGUUGAUCAACAUAUAGAAGAACGUGCUUACCUUAAACGAGAUCUUUCCGCUCUUGCAGUAUCUCUUUCUGAAGAACAAAAUCUUCGCGCUCAAAUUCAAUCUAAUAAAGAAUCAUUGGAACAAGAAAUUGAUGAAUGGAUAAAUGCUAUGUUUGAAAAGGUCAAUCAAAUGGUAUUUGAUGAAGCCAAUGCACGGGAAGAAUUAGAAUUGUUGAAUAUAGAAACGAAGGGCAAGAUGGAGAACCCAUUAAAAUCAUCUGGAAGUAGACAAGAUCGUUUAAGAGAGUUGAAAUUAUUACUUGUUCAUUUGGAUUCCACCAAACAGAGACAAGCUGCGCCAACACAGAAUGGUGUUCCUUUAAGUAGAAAUUCUGUUAUUCGAAGAAGUUUGAUGUCAAAUUCCCCCAGAUCAAGUAGAACCUAUGGAAACUUUGGUCAUAUGUCACCAAGUAUUUUCUCAAAUAAUUCUCUAGACGAAAUUAUUUUUGUUAAAAAUAAACGUAUUUAUAUUGAUGGAUUUGUAUUUGAAGAAUUCCAAGAUUAUGUGAAAUCUCUAGCAACAACGCCUGCACCCAAUAAUUCAACUCCUACACAUCCAUUUAUUAAACGAUGUAUGACUGAAGAUAUUCAACCUUGCUUAUUUGAAGGUAGUAAUGGUUGGAAAUCACCAUUUUAUAAAAGAAGAUUAUUGGAUGCUAUCAUAAAGAAUCAAUGCGAAAUCGAAACAAUAUUUGUUGGUGAUUCAAAUUCUCUUCAUAGUACUCAAAAUGACAGUCAAAUUAGUAGUUCAAUAUCAAAUACACGAAGUAGUUAUCAAGAUCCACCGAAACCAGCACCAACAAUUAAAUGUGGUCUCUGCGGUCACCUUAGAAGCUGUGAAUACCGCAUGCGCCUGUCAGGACCUGACGCAGCUGUUCCACCCACUACAAUAAUGACGCCAUCAUCACGCUUCUCUAUUGGUGGAAGCCCAGGAUGGAUUCCAUUGGAUAGAUUCUGUAGAGAUCGAGUAGUUGCUGUAUGCGAUUUCUAUGCAUACUUAUCUCACUUACGUCAAGGAUUACUUAUCAAUUCACCCGUAUGGGCAAUGUAUAAACAAUGUCUCAAAAAUCGUAGAAAGAUGAGUUUGGCUCGUGUUGGUAAUGUUAGUAUGUUUGAAGAUGAAGAAAACAUCAACAACGAAUACUUAAACAACUCAGAAAUUGAAGGAAUGGUUGUGGUUGUUCAUUAA